AUGGAAGCCGCCAAAGCUGCCGUGUCGAAGUUCACCUCUCACAGAGGUCACCACACUACGGUAGACGAAACUGUCCAACCCGCCAUCACCCGUGAGACCGUCAAGCCUGUCCGUCAUGAAGAAGCUCAACAGGCUAUCGACCGUGAGGUCCACCAACAUCACUACCAUACCACUGUUCAACCGCUUGAGCACAAAGAACAACUCCCCGAGAAGCAUACACACAACCUCCUUCCAACCGAGCACCGGGAAUAUCGUCACGAAAAUGAGGGCGAGAUCAAGCAGAAAGUACAAGCCGAACUUGGGCACUUCAAGGACACCAGGAAUGUCCAUGAAGUCCGUGAAACACAAUCAGCUGCUCCCGCCGUAACCGGGGAACAUGUCCACCAUCAUGUCCACGAGACUGUGGUGCCAGUUGUACACAAAGAAACGAUUCAACCCGAGGUUGUUCACACCACUAUUCCCGUGCAUGAGAAACAUCAUGCUGCCAGCCAGCAUCACGGACUCUCUGCUCUGCCCAUGAAAACGCUUGACGAGUUCAACCGCUCUGGUGGAGUGCUCACCGGUGGAAAGCAUGACAGUCAUGAAGAGUACGAUGGUGCGCCUCGCCCAUACAACGACAAACUACAGACCAAUCUACAGAAGCUUGGUUUGAGCGAGACUGGUGCGACUACUGGUCAUCAUACUGGCCAUCAUGCUGGCGUCGAAGCAGGUCGAUCUCAGCAUGGUUCAGGCUUGAGAGAUCAGAGAACUGGACUUGGUGGUGUUGAAGGUCGCCGCGAAGAAUAUGGUACUGGUGUUGGGGAUCGCACUGGUCAUCAUGGCGGUCUCGACGAUGGUCGCACUCAACAAGGAUCAGGCUUGAGAAACCAAGGAACUGGACUUGGUGGUGUUGAAGGUCGCCGCGAAGAAUAUGGUGCAGGUGUUGGUGAUCGCACUGGUACAGGUGUUGGUGAUCGCACUGGCAACCAGUACAAUACUGAAACUUCUACUGGCACCAAGACUAAGCCGAGCUUGAUGGAUCGUUUGAACCCACGCAAAGAUGCGGACGGUGAUGGCAAAGCUGGUCUUGGUGACUAA